ACCGCAAGAUCUUUAUACGUACUUAUCAUUGACCUCGUAUACGUAAACAUCAAAGUACAUAACUCAAUGUAUCAUUUGAUAUCACGAAUAAAUAACUCAAUAUUAAAAAAAAAGAAGAUCUGUAUACCUUUUUACACCGAUUCAUUCUCGUAUUUAACACCAAAUUACACUUAUAAAAAUAAUAAUAAACAUUAUUGUUUGAAAAUAUUGUAAUAAUGCUUGUACGAUAUAUAAACAAAUAUUAACUUUGAACAAGUAGUGAGCCGUCAAGUAAAGCUAGGUAAUUAACAGUAUGUCAGACGACUGUAUACGCACAGUAUAUCAGUCGUUACGAGAAUUUGUGAUGUGUCAACGACAUACGAGUAGUUGACGUGAUAAAAUGCAUAUGACGUACUGGUUUGGUAUAGAUUUGGGCAGUUUUUUAUUUUCUGGGUACGAUGUUACUACAGUAUGGGGUCUUCUGGCCACAUGUUUAGGUUUAGCUGCUUUUGCAGUACUAUAUGAGGCUAUGAAAAUUUCUCAGUUUUACUUGCAACAGUUUAACAUUAAGUCAGUGCCAAGGAUGAUUUCCAGCUCCUCUGAGAGCUCAUCUCUAUUAUCCAAAGUUACAUCAAGAACAUUUAGAAUUUCAUCUCAUACACGAUGUGGUAUUUGCUUUAAAUGGAUACUUCAAGUAUUGCACUGGUCUCUUCAUACCACAUUUGCUUACAUCUUGAUGAUGGCAGUUAUGACAUACAAUGUGUAUGUCACUGUUGCUCUUGUGAUUGGAGGAAGCUUGGGGUAUUGGCUAUUUAGCCCUACACUUAUACAAUUAAAAAUGCAACAGUUUCACCGCAAACAAGCAAUCAUAGAAUGUGAUAAGAAUUGUGAAGCUGUCUCGGAAAAUCAAGAAAGACGGCCAUCUACUGUCUCUAUUGUUGCAGAGCAAUUAGUUACCGAAAUAAAUAUAGAAAUUCACACACCAGGAGAUGUGAAUUCGACAUGAAGCAAUGCAACAGAAAGUCUGAUAUUAUAUACCGAAGAUAGUUGUUAUUAUUACAAUGUACAGUAUAUUUUUAUACUGAUUCUUCAAACUGUGAAACAGAAAUAUGUAAUGUAAGACAAAUUAAUUACGUGAUAUUUGUUACAA